AUGGAUCCAGAAGAUCAUCUCUGCAAGUUCAGAAACGCGGCUCUACUACAUCAAUACAGCGACGCCGUGAAAUGCCGGGUAUUCCUGAAUACCCUAUCGGGCUCUGCCCAGAAGUGGUUCGAUAGACUGCCACAUGAGUCCAUCAACUACUUCUCAGAUUUCAAAACCGCGUUCCUACGCCACUUUGCUAGUAGCAGGAAAUAUCAAAAGACCGACCACUGCUUGUUUACCCUCAAGCAAGGGCCCUCUGAGCCAUUAAGGAGCUAUAUCAAGCGCUUCAAUCAAGUGGUCCAUGAUGUCCCCUCAGCCACAUCAGAAAUACUCAUGAGCAUCCUCUCUCAUGGACUGACAGAGGGGGAAUUCUUUAGGGAUCUCAUCAGAAAUCCCAUGAAGAGUUUUGAUAAGAUGCUGGAGAAAGCGGCCAGCUACAUCAAUGUGGAAGAAGCGCAGGCAGCGUGA